UCCAUGUACCCAGUACCUAGUCAUGUGAAGCAUAAAAGGGAUACUUUGUACUCCUACGCGACUCGACCGGGGCAGCUCCGCAUUAGAAAUUCACAGUUGCAGAAUGCAUUGAGGCCACCGUGGAAGCCCUUUUGUACACAAUCCAACUGUGAUUACAGAAAGUAUACGAUUUGGCUGACUGGGCGAUUGAAUUAUGACGAAUGUUUACACAGUCGGUUGGUAGCUCAGUUUAAUGUGGUAUAGCGCCGUCCGCGGGUAUGCAGCGACUGCAACACUCGAGCCCACCACUAAAAACUACAGCUGUAUUUUUAGCAUUGGACUCUAAAUCACAAGGCACCGUGUGGAGGCAGUCUAGGGUAUUUUUUCGACCAGGCCCAGCAUGGUGAAUUACUUGUGUCCAGUAACUAGCUGACGACGUCCUACAAAUUGGUGAACUUGAGGACCAGAAUGGAACGGGAGAUGUACGGGGUCAAGACACUGCGUCGACGGGGGGAAGGGGCCGGUGCGAACUUGGCUUCUCUGUCGGUCUUUAUAUUAACAUGUGCUGCUAUUGCGGCGCAUGUAUCAGCAGGUGAUUCAACUACAGUGAACUACAAUACACCUCAAUUAAAACCUUUCACUACCCAUGGACCAAUGCCAGAACUCUACCCUCCAGUCACCAACAGCUUUUUACCCAUUGCCCCUAAACCGGACAACCCCAGCGUCGUUCCGACCCAAAGCCUACCGGCAAAUGACACUCCGCCAACAACUGGGGUUCCAACAACAAUGCCUGUUACAACAACCCCUGUAACAGUUGUACCCCCAACAACGAUCCUUCCAACAACGACGACUGGGCUUCCAACAACUAAACUUCCAACAACUAAGCUUCCAACAACUACGACUAGACUUCCAACAACGACUAGCCUUCCAACAACCACGAAAAGCAUUCCAACAAAAGGUCUUCAAACGAAAGGCGUCCAAGGAAACACUUCCAACACGACUGGCCCUCCCUUAACUACCCACCAGGUGACCCCUCUGUUAGUAACCGACCCUCCAUCGGCAGAUCAAAACACAACACUAGGAAUUACUGAUUCCAACAAAAACCCUGUACCUUCCAACAAACCUCCAACAACUCCUGCUGCCACAGCUCCCACUACACAAGAAAUUCCAGCGCUUGUUCAACCCACUUUUGAAACUGGUCUGGGGCAGGUCACCAAUACACCGCUCACAGAAACCUGGAAACACGCUGAUGUAACGGUUGCUAGUCUUACUUCGUCAUCGCUUGACGCUACCUCCAUCGAGUAUGAUACCAGUAUUGUUUAUGUAACAGUGAACCCACCGUCUGAUAUUACGGGAGGAAAUGAGGCUACACCUUUCGUUAAACCAACCAUAGAGCAAGGAUCAGGAACUGUAACAACAAAUGGAACAGGGUUGAAUCCAGACCACGAAAAAGAUGAGCUAAGGAUGUUACUUCUUAUAGUGGGUGGUUCCAUAGGGGGUGCAGUAACUUUAAUCGUGCUAGUAUUCAUCGUCGUGUAUCGUUUUGCAAAGAAGAGAUCAAGAGAUAAAAACAGCAGAUACUACAACUUCAAAAAGAAGUCUUCCCGAGCAAACUACGAGAAGGUUCUCCAUCUUCAGGAAUACUGCGGGGAGCUGGAAACGGACGUCUCAGCAGCAACCGGGACAGGGACAGGAGCAGGCUGGGUCUUCCAAGAAAACGACAAAGACAACAACAAGACGAUUACACUGGAGCUCGCCCCAAAGGACAAGAACAAACCAACGAACCGAUCCGGUAGAUCCAAGAGCAGAAACAAGAAUAAGAACAACAUCAACAAGAGCACCAGUCGAGGGAAUUACCAGGUCCUCGCGGAGUUAUACCCGACUAGAAAUAUUCCGCCUGACGUGUUACUGUCGGCUGAUGGCGCCGUGGAAAGCAACAGCGAGGACGAAGAGGGCGCUGUUCAUGAAACAAGUUUCAGCGCAGUCACAACGCCCAGUGAUGAUAGAUCGGACCGUGGUUCAGUUAUAACAGACGGUCUGGCCGCGAGGAAUUCAUUUAACGAUGGAGUGAUACCAGUGUGGCCAGCUUGGAACACCAGCCCGUACGUCAAAAUAACGCAGGAUGACGCCGUUGUUGAGCUUUAACCGUGGCCAUAUCCUGCUGACCAUGUCUUCGCAAUCUAGAGGAAGGGAUCCACAGUCAACCCAGUACAAGAACCAACGAGAGUCGUUGUUUAGUUUUGGGAAACCUCCAAUGGUUCCGGAAGUUCACUGCUAUAAAGAGAGCCUACACUUCAUAGGUUUACUUAAUAAUAUCUCUAUCGUCAUCGUGCAACGCGGUAUGCGUUUACACAAAAUUCUUAAUGUUUAUUGUAGGCCUAUUAUUCUUAAAUGUUGCGUUGGUGCCUAAAAUUUCUAAGUUGUUUCGACACAAACACAUUUACGAAACGACUUCAAUGACUAAUACAUUUUUUGGACCAAAUUUGGUUGGUGUUGAUUGUAAUAGGCUUUGGCUUGAGAUAAACACGUGCUUUUAAAAAAUUGCUUCAUCCUUGCUAAGCUACGCAGUGUUGUGGUUUUACCCAAAAGAUAAACAAAUUAGUAAUAUAACUUACUGAAACAGUGCGGUCUUUGUAACAUUUUUAAAGUCAUUUUGAGAGAACAAUUAUUAUCCAUAAGAAGGGACGUACUUAUGUGCGCUUAUCACAUCUCUUGAGGUGUCGUGAUAAUUAUUUUAUGAUUUAGAAAGUAAUUUGACUGCAGUUAAAACAUUUUUUGUUUAUGGAUUCCUUUAAAUCAUUGUUUACUUCAUACAAGGAGACUUAUUUGCGCUUGAUCUACAAUCAUUUCGAGCUGAAUCUGAAAAUGUUUCGUAAACAUUUCUUUGCAUUAAAUUGGCAUGGGUGAAAGAUGAGUGUUAAAUAAACAGUUCUAUGUGCAAUGGUUAGAAACAAAAGCGUAGAUACUAGAUUAAAAUAAAGCAAUUUUUAAUAUUUUUAGUUAAGUUUGUUUAUAUGCUGAGAUUGCGAUUAAACUGAACAGAAACAGAAACUUUUAGGAGUUUUUUUCCCUGACGUAUCAGAAAAGUUUAAUAAUUAUUUUUCGGCGAAUCUUUAAAAAGGGAAUGGUUCCCUAACCUUAAAACAAUAUAAAAGCAAACAAAAUGUAUUUGGUAAUCAAAGAAUAGAGUACAACUCGUUGCGUUCAGUGCAAAAUAUACAGAUAUUUAAACCAAAACCAUACAUUUCAUGGCAUGAUUUAAACAUUAUAAUGCAUUAUUAAUGAAAACAAAAACUGUGGGUUCCCAAUAGACUUUAAAGGGACUUUGCGAACUAACACUCUCGGCCAUUUUAUGGAGUCAACAAGUAAUUUUGAGGCAUAUUUGGGUGGAUCGUUAU